GCUCUUGCACUUGGUCAGCUUUCUCUCAGCAAUAUCGGUGUGGCUCAGAGACACAAACAGCCUCAAUCGGCAACAACAUGGAAUAAACAACAUGGCUAAUAAGAAGAGCGUUUUUAUCGAAGCUGUAAAAAGGUGCAUUUGUUCCACCAAACGUGAAGAAUUCGAGUUAUAUCUGUGACACAUACCCUUCAAUGCACCACUAUUUCCCAGCUCUUGAUAGAUCAGAAGCCAGCAGAGAUGGAGGGUUCAAGCACAGCUGGAGUUUUUCCCUCUCCGCUGACCGUGAAGAGGAGAGGAGGAACGAAGCUUCCCUGGUGACCAUGGAUCAAGUGGGUGGGCGACAGGAUCUUUCCCCUGAAGGGGUGAAGGAGGCGCCCCCUUUGAGGCACUUUGACCCCAUGGAACCUAUAAAGACGUACGAACGGCGAAAUCAUUUCAAGUCCGGGAACCGUACUGGAAUGGGAAAGUCCAGUGAAGCCCAGCACGCGUUGGCCAUUUCCCAGCUACCCAACAGAACCAACUAUUUAAUCAUGAGUUCAGUGCCACCUCAAGGAGUGGUAGUUCAGGGACGGCUGUUUCAGCACACGCAUCUCCCCUCUUCUGUUAGAAAGCCAGUCCAAAGCAACCUUGACUUGAAAGAAAGAUCUGACUUCACCACCCAGAGAGCCGAGCUCGACAAAAUCAUUCUCACCUGCCCAGAGCUCUCAGACUCGGAGACUCCGAACAUAAAGAGAUGCGUCCAGUCGAAGAGGCGGCCGAUGUUCGAAAGCAUCGGCACGGCAGAGUCGUUGCAGCCGGACGAGUACUUCACCGUAUGCGGAAAGUGCGGCCAGCGAAGCGAAGACCACACGAAAUGUGAAAGCUGCGGGAACCAGCUGCCCGCUGAAGUGCCCCUUCUGCCUGCCGUCCCCUCCACACCUGCCCCUCGAGUGCCUGAACGCUCCCUUCCCUCUCCUGGCUCUCCUAGCAUCACUCAGCUCAGCAAGAGCUUCUACGGCGCGACAUCAGGGUCACGCGCUACUCACGCCGAAAUGGCCAUGAACCCACCAGCACGCAUUAACCGCGGAGGUCUGCUGCUCCCUCACAACGGCGCUAAGCUAAUCAUGGGGAAGAGGCAGCCUCUCGCCAAGCAGCACGAACUCAACGACCCAAUCGUGCUGUCCAGCGACGAAGACGACGAGGCCGACAGUUCCAGCACGGGCAGCGUGAACCGGUUGGACAGCGUCUCUCCGAGGCCCGCUGACUCCGCCCACUCCUCGCCGGCACCUUCCUGCGGCAGAGUGGAAGCGGCCGUUAAAGAAGUCACAGACCACGAAGAGCACGCAUGCGAAUUUUUUACUGACAUGGACCACAGGAACACGGUGCCCAGAAGGAACCGCUUAAAAGAUCCGCAGUUUCGAAACCCCUUGUGCGAAGACCCGUCUCCGUUGAAGAAGCGGAAAUUGGGCCAGACGGAGAAGUUGGAGAGCAUUAUUCUGGAGUGCAGGAGCGUACGGAUAGGAACUCUUCGCAGGAUGGUCACCAAACCCGUCAUCUUCACAGUAGAAUACAUACAGCUCGAGACCGAAGGUCAGGAGAUCGACGUGAUGGAGAAAGUGCGCCUCAGGUCGUCGGAGCUGACGAGCUGCGAGUGGUGCAGCGUCCGGAAGCUGCCUGUCCUCUUUUUCCAGACCGGCGACAGCGAGUGUCAGCGCCUGCGCACACAGCUCAAGAUGUCCCAAGAGAGCGGCGGCCUGUGGUACGACUGCAGCAGUGAAAACUUGGAUGAGAAAUACAUAGUGUUGAUUUUUGAGAACGGCCUGUCGAUGCAAGAACAGAUGAUUUUAGAAGACAUCCUGGUCGAGAUCGCCCGAAACAACAAGCUCACAAACUUCCCUGCUAGACUGACCUUCGACCAAGCCAACGUUAGACUGGUUCAAUAUAACAAAGCGUCAAAAGAGAAGGAAAAGUCUUGUCCCCAGGCAAAAGCGCAGAAAGCCAAACCGGGUUCGUCCCCUCCGACACCCACCACGACAACAGCAAAUGCCUCCGUCAACACGGCGACAGCAACCGCAGCCACGGCGAGCACGGUAACAGCGACCCCAGCUGCGUCGACGGAGACGACGGUCCAGACCCGAUUUUCUGCUCACCUCCACGGGAUCUUCGAUGAAGACGACGACGAGGAUAUGGCAGAGCUGCAGCCUACGUUCACAGGCCCCAUCAUCAAGUUAAUCGUGUAUCCCCCUCCUCCAGCUAAAGGUGGAAUCUCUGUGACGAAUGAAGACCUUCACUGUUUAAACGACGGAGAGUUUCUGAACGACGUCAUCAUAGACUUUUAUUUAAAAUAUCUCUUUAUGGAGAAGUUGAAAAAGGACGACGCAUGCAGAAGUCACGUUUUUAGCUCCUUCUUCUACAAGAGACUCAACCAGAGAGAAAGGAGAAGUGCACCGGACACAACAAACCUACCGAUACAGAAGAGGAAGCACAAUCGGGUAAAAACAUGGACACGACACGUGGACCUUUUUCAGAAGGACUUCAUCUUCGUUCCCAUCAACGAGUCAGCACACUGGUAUCUCGCAGUGAUCUGCUUCCCAGGUCUAGAGGGACCCUGUGUGGAACCCAAUCCUCAUUAUCAGCCCCAGACCCAGUCUCAAGCCCAGGCGUCGUCCCCAUCCAAGUUAGGGAGCGCCGCGUUAAACGACGGAGGCACGGAGGAGCCUUCGCCUCACACGGAGCCGCUCUCCUUCAAUCCGGAGGACGUUAAUACAGAAGCUGAAGGACAGGACACGAGCCACUCGAGUGUAUCUUCCUGCCCACGCCGAGCCCCAGAGCACAGCUGCACCACUCGCAGAGAAAGGGUCAACGGACAGGUUCAGUCUCAUUACACAGAUGCUCUGCAACGAAUCAGUGUGUGUUAUAGCAGUGAAGAUCCUGGCACCUUCUCUGAUGACCAAAGCUCCUCUCAUGACGAGUGCAGCGAAGACGGAGCCCUGGGGGACGACACUGCGACGUCAGAGAGCCUGGAGUGGGCAUCUAAACCCACCAUCUGCAAACAACCGUGUAUCCUCAUCAUGGACUCAUUGCGAGGCCCUGCCAGAUCUACAGUGGUGAAGACAUUGCGAGAGUAUCUGGAGGUAGAGUGGGAAGUGAAGAAAAGCACUCAUAGGAGCUUUGGGAAGGACUUGAUGAAGGGCUCAAGUCCGCGGGUGCCGCAACAGGACAAUUUCAGCGACUGUGGCGUCUAUGUGCUGCAAUACGUCGAGAGCUUCUUUGAGAACCCUGUGCCAAGCUUCCAUCUCCCUAUGAAUUUAUUGGACUGGUUCCCACAGCAACGGAUGAAGACAAAACGCGACGAAAUCAAGGAGCUCAUUCUAAAGAUCCAGUCCCAACAACAGCUGGACAGGGAGAACUCUGGGCAGGAUCUGGACGUCGGAGAGGUCUGCGAGGACCUGGACAUUGGAGACGCCUUAGAGUCAGCCGACCUCAUCCCACCAAUCAGUUAAUGAAAAAACCAGCCCCAUGCUGCUAUAGCUCUUGUUAUGAAACGGUCCUGUUGGUGCCGCCCCAAUCCCUCCCUUUCCCAAACCCCCAUGACACUGACAGCUAACCGGGGGACUCGUCAUGAUCGUACGCUGCUGGACGACUCCUCCGUAACAACAACUGUUUCCUUUUUUGUUGUUUUUUUUUUUUUUUUUUUUUUUAAUUUUAUUUCUCUUUCCUUAACAAAAGAGCAAGAAGACUUCAUUUGUAUUAAAGAAAACAUGUAUAUAUGCUGAACAGUUUUUUUGUUUGUUUGUUUUUUGCUGACUUGUGAAUUUGACCUCUCAUGAUUUUUGUCUCACUGUUUAGAGUUUAAAACAUUCAUUUGUUGACGUCAUGAAGGGCACAAACAGCCCUGACCUCUCCACAAAGCCCAAACAGUAACUGUUUAACGUCCUGUUCUGUCUGUACUUCAUAUGCGCUUUUUACCACAGAAGGUACAACAGUUUGUUGUUUGUAGGCUAAUUAUCCAAAUACAUCUGGAUAUUUUUUUGUUUGUUUGUUUUUUUUUAAAGCAAAAAAAAAAAUUUAAAAAAAAAAUAGCUUCUCUCAUGGCAUUAAAUCGUUGCUAGUCAGUGCCUGUCAGAGCUUUAUACAAUGUUACCACAUGUAAGUGGACCUCAUUUUCAAUAUUAAAACUAUUUGAGAUGCAAGAGUGCACAUCUGCCUUAGUUCACACAAAUAUAAGCGUUUGAAAUGGAGGGUCAUGAGUGCUCUUUUCUAUUCUUUACUGGUCUGCAAUAAAUAUAAUAUAAUUACAUAAUAAAGUGAGUAAAAUCGAUAGUAAUGGACGACGGGAACUUCUGUUUAUUUUUCUGUAAAUGCGUCACACUGGAUCCUAAAUACUCGUACGUUAAUGACUGUAUUGCGUCAUACUUGUGUCCGUAUGUGGUUUAUUAUUAAAUUACUUGGUAUUCAAUUAACAA